AACUUCGUAUGUGUCUCUCUAAAUGUAAACAGAGACCUUGGGAGGCUCUGUAGUAAGACAAGUCCUCUUAACUAUCACCUAUUUAAGGGUAAUUACCUGUAAACUACUACAAUUACAGCGUAUAUAACUACUUCAAAAUUAAUUCCCUAUCUUUAACAGACGGUAGAAAAUGAAUGGUGACGAUGCUAUAAAGACUCCCAUUGAGGAGGCCAGUGGUGGAUGGCUGCAUCAGCUGGUUGUGUAUGCUGCAAGAAAUCCCUGGGAAUUUUGCUGGUACUUGUUACUGUGUCUUUCACCCAUGUUCUUCAUCUCUGCUAUACUGUCCUGGAAACUUGCUAAAGCACUUGAGGCCCAAGAAAAGGAUAAGACUCGUAGAGACAAGAGGAAAGCCAAUAUAAGCAAGGUGAAGCGUGGGAAAGCAAACUGAUGGCCAGUGAGCAGCAAGAACAAAUUCUCUCACUCAGGCUGACAGUCACACAGCAUCUUUCAUCUGUGAUUGGGUCAUAUAAUUUAUAGCACACAUAAGAUGCUUGUCUAUCCAGCAUAACGUUUAUAUCAUGCUGAAGUAUUUUCCAUCAUUUGGUAUAAGCUGAUUAUUUCUGUUUUUAUUUUUGAUUUAAAUAGUUUAGUAUUUCAGAAUGUUGAUGUAUUAAAUUUUCAGAACAUACUUUAAAUGUGCAUAUACAGUACACUAUAUAGUUCUUUCUUUGUGAUUCUAGAUUGUAAAGAGUGGCCAUCAUUUGCAAGACAAAAUAUAUUUGCCACCAGAUCGAAAUGACAAUUACUACUGUAGUUUUAAGAUUCUGAAAAUUUAACCCUUUGUUAUAUGUACUUUAUCCCAUAAAUAGUUUACAUCCUGAAUUCAUCAUCUAUAAUAAUUAACAAAUUGAAUCUUAUGGUAUUUGCUUUAAAAGAUACUGUGAAUUGAAUAUCAUAUCUGCAAUAAGUAACUUAACAUAAAGUCAGUAUCUUUACAUUUCAAGUACAUCUAACAGUAUAUUCUUCAAAAGACAAUACCAUUAGCUAAACCAUGCAACUUCCAAGGGUUGCCCAGUCAAAGCUCUCUUGAUAACUUAGGGAAAUUUUCAGUUCUCUUUAUUUUUAUCAGUUUGGCUGUUAAUAAUGUUACAGUAUAUAUUUUGAUGAAUGAUACUCAACUUUGUCUUGGGAGUAAGGACUGAUUCUGUAGCUUUUGGAUCUAUGUGAAAGUCAGGUUGAGAUAUAGAUACUGUACUUGAUCUUUUACUAAGUACAGUAAUAGAAUGACCAAAUUAAUAGUAUGCAAUCUUCCAUUUCUUAUUACUGUGUUCAUGCUGAGGGUGUGGUUGUGGUUGUCCAUAAUGAAUACAGUAUAUGACUUUCAAUUGCAAGGUUUUUUUAUUUUGUAUUGUUUUAACAUUAAUAUAUGGAGUGGACUCAUUUCCACUAACUGUGCUUCUGCUUUCAUAUAAUUCUUUCAGAGAUGUUCUAAAUUGUAUGGUUAUACUGUAUGUACAGUACACUUGCUCCAAAAAGUGAUGAAUUUGAAAAUUAACACUGCAGCUCUGUUGUUUCAGUAGGGUUCUUAAAAUCCUUUGUCCGUUGUGUCAUAUUGUCUCAAGAAAUCGUAAAGAUAAUUUUUGGAGUGUGUGUACUGUAAUCUGUUAUAAUUUUGUUUGUCAUGGUAAAGUGGUGCAUAAGCAUAAAAAAAAUUUAUGUACAGUAUUUCUGGUCCUGUGUACUGUACCAUUCAGAAAUCUAAGUACUGUAUGUGUAAAGCAUACAGACAUUGGUAUUCAUUAUAUAUAUAUAUAUAUAUUAUUGGAUAAUUGGCACCUGCAUGUGUCGUAUUUCACCAACAAAAUGAACAGGAUCCAAGAAUAGUCAUUAUUGAAGAUGUCACUAAUUUUCUCAUGUAAAAGAUCAUUAAGCUUCUUGAGAAAGUAGUCUCAUCACCUGGAAUGUCUUCCUGCAUAAAAUAAUUUUACUUUACAUUUAUGGAUUAUAUAAAAUAAUUUUGUUUUUGUUUUUGUAGAAAAUUCCAUGUUCUCUUGAUAAGAUGGUAAUUUAGCAAGUCCCCACUACAGAAUUAGCUAUUUUUUUAUUGUUUUUAAAAUUUUCUAUCAUCAGUUAAAAACAGGUGAGGUUUUUGUGUGUGUGUAAUAUACAAGAUCUUGUUGUUACUCGAGAAAAUUACCGGGUAUCUUUAUUUUUCACAAGAAUUAUAUUAAUUUUUCACCAGUCAAUUUACAGUACUGUACAGUACAGUUUAACUUCACAUAACCUUGACCUUAGUUGCACUGUGCAAGAUAUUGAUACAGCUGCACUGCUUUGUUAUUAAACUCCAAACAUAUAAACAAGAGCACCUAAGAAUAAUUAUUUUUCAUUCUUGUGAUUCCUAUUUCCUGCUACACUGCUAGAUGGUUGGAAACAGAGAAUUUCAGCUUCAUUCACUGUCUUAUCUUCCCUAAUUAAUAAAUCAGCCGUGAAUAUAGAGUAUUUUGUCUAGAUCCUAACCACCCUGCGAUGUAGUGGGAAAGUGCUUGUAAGAGUGAAAGAAUAAAACCUUCAUUACCAGUUAUUUUAUGGUCACCCAUGUCAUUGAAACUGGUGUAAGUUUACUCUCUUAAUACAGUUUUGUUUUAUUAUAUGAAUGUGUUUACUGUUACUGAUGUGUUGGCUAUGGGUAAGAUAAGACAACUGGAUUAAGAGCAGAUGAUAAAGUUUCGAUGUGGUAUUACAAUAUUUAAGUUGGAUAUUUAAAAUUUUUUAUAUGUAAGCAGCUAUUAUGGAUUAUAGUUAUUUUUUUAUUUUCAACUAAUUUUUAUGGUCAGUAAAGAGUUAUAGUUUACCUUGACUGUUCUUAUGUUGGUGUCAAUAUUCAUGGUAAAUUGAUGGUUUUGAAGUACAGUACAGUAUAUAGUCAGAGAAGGAAACUCCAGUUUUUUAUAAGAAUGCAUUUCUUUAAAAUUUUAUAAUUAGUAGUAAGGUGAAGUGGGGCUGAAUGUAAUCGUUGUCAAUAUUAAUAUAACUUCCAACACUGGGGACUCACUAACCCCUGGACCCAAUCCCAGGAGUUAACCAAGAUACUCCUUACACAAUCUAACCAAAUUCAGCUGCAGUUUUUUGUACAGGGAUUAGUUUGACCCUCAACACUGUAGUGAGACAAUACAACAACUCUCCACUUAAGUAUGUAGACUAGUCAUAUAGUAUAGAUAUAUUACAGACCAUCUAAAUAUGAUGAAUAGUUUAUUAAUUUGCUGCAUUCAUCUUUUUAUUUGCCAUUUCUUCAUUUCAUUUCGGUAUUUUAAAAAAUUCUAAAGUGUUUCUUAGCUAAAGUUUUGAUCAUAACAAGAAAUCAGAUUUUCUAUGUAUAGCUUUCUUACGUGUUCUACAGUUGAUAUGAUUACUGGAUUAAUUUUAUUAUCUAUCUUUAAUGUUAGUGUUGUUUACGCUGAAGAUAGUCAUUAAUGCACAAUUGAAAAUCAGUCAGCAUCUGGUGCCAGUUUUGUAAUUUUUAUUUAUUUACUUUUUUUUUUUAAACAGAUUAGUGGGAAUGCUUGUAAGUAUAUUUGUACACCUGUAAGAUAAAUGGAAAGCUUUUUAUGAUACCUUUAAGAUGUUAAUUAUAAAAUAAUCUUAAUUUUUUUAAGUGUGAUAUUGCAUUAAUAAUUUGCUACCCUUGUGGCCAGGAUGGGAACACAUUUUGUAAAAAUAGUUUCAGGACACUCAACAAAAUGGAAUCCAUCAUUAAUUGUAAAGUUCUCUAGGUAGUGCAGGGAGCAGCAGUACCAGCAAUGAAAUGGACCAGUCUGGAAGUUCUUACUGCAUAUCUUGGCUGUAUGUACUGAACUAUCAUAACCUAACCAACCUGUUACUGUGCUAGCAGUUACUUAUCAGGUUGUUGGAUAAUAAAAGCUCAGUUUUUAACUUUUGGUCUGAGCCAUUUCGUUUAUGGUACAAUUGCAUGCAAGGAAUCAGGCAAGCUACUGGAGACACAAUUGUUGUUUUACUUGAAGUUUUGAUUCCUUUUCAUUCCAUUUUCUAUGAUUUAAAUAUUUUCUUGAUGUUUAUGGUGGUGGUUAUUGAAUUAUUAUGUGGCAUACAAUAUUUUACUCUACCAAAUGAAGUACAAUAUGACUUGCAAUAAAGAAGAAAGAACA